GCUUUCUGUGUUUCGCUCCAAUAACAAGUCAUCAGGAUUCUCAUCGCGAUCAUCAUUUUCCUACGCGUCGAUUGCUGUUUGCACUUCUCUUCGAUUGUGGCUCCAAUUAAGAGCCGAGUCUAGCCCUCCUCCACUGGCGAUGCUCUGCUCCUGACGACGACAAUGCAGCCUCCAGAAGGUGUGCAGGUCGAUCUGGGCAAGGCCCAGGUCAUCGACCGUGUGCCAAAAGUUAUCAAGGAGUUGAAAUUCGGUGUGAUGUCCAAUGAUGAUAUCGUUAGCCAAGGCGUUGUAGAAGUUUCCGAUCGCAAAUUCUUCGAUCUCGAUCGUGGCAGAGAAGUCGUUCCUCAUGGUCCUCUCGACUCGCGCAUGGGAACUUCGAGCAAGAACGGAGAAUGCAAAACAUGUGGAGGCGCUUUGCAAACCUGUAACGGUCACUUCGGUCAUGUCAAACUCAUUCUUCCUGUAUUUCAUGUCGGCUAUUUCAAGCGCGUCAUCACUAUUUUGCAGGAGAUCUGCAAGGAGUGCUCCCGCAUUCUCCUGCCUGAGUCGGAGCGUCGUAUGUAUCUCCGAGAGAUGCGUCGCCCCGGGCUUGAUAAUUUGCGGCGACUACAGAUUGCGAAAAGGGUCAGUGAAAGGUGUAAGAAGACGCGAUCGUGCGAGGUAUGUGGCGCCGUCAACGGUGUGGUGAAGAAAGCUGGGACGAGCUCGCUCAAAAUCAUCCACGACAAAUUCCGGGCUUUCAAUACCUCAGCGUCGGUUAAAAAGGUUCCACCUCUCAGCAAGAUCGUCUUUGAUCAGUCUUUUGAUGAAGCCAGACGUUCAAAUACGGAUGUCGAGAAGAACUUCAAAAAGGCUCAGGAUGACUUGAAUGCUCUUCGGGUCUUGAAUCUAUUUAAGAGGAUUUCCGAUACAGACUGUGAAUUAUUGGGACUCGAUCCCCAGGAAGCCCGUCCGGAAAUGUUCCUUUGGCAGUAUAUCCCGGCACCUCCAGUCACCAUUCGCCCAUCGGUGGGCCAAGAUGCUGCGUCGACGGAGGAUGACUUGACUGCCAAGCUAGGUGAUAUUGUUCAGAGCAAUAUUAAUCUGAAAAAUUCACUGUUAAAGGGAGCUCCCGUCCAGACAAUCAUGGAGUGCUGGGACUACAUGCAACUUCAAAUCGCUGUUUAUAUCAAUAGUGAUGUUCCUGGCCUCAACAAAGCGGAUCUUGGAAAGCCAAUAAGAGGAUUUGUCCAGCGACUGAAGGGAAAACAAGGACGAUUCCGUGGUAACUUGUCCGGAAAGCGUGUGGAUUUCUCAGGCAGAACUGUCAUUUCUCCAGACCCUAAUCUGCGAGUUGAUGAGGUUGCUGUUCCUAUCCUGGUAGCGAAAAACAUGACCUAUCCGGAGGUUGUUACAAGAUAUAACAAAGAAAAAUUGCAGCAGAGAGUCAGAAAUGGGACGAAAAAAUGGCCUGGCGCUAACUAUAUCAUGAAGAAGGGUUCGCCUCUCAAGUCCUUCCUCAAGUACGGUGAUCUCAAUCGGAUGGCCGAUCAACUGGUUGAGGGGGACGUGGUCGAGCGUCAUAUCGAAGACGGUGAUAUUGUGCUUUUCAAUCGUCAACCCUCUCUCCACAAACUCAGUAUUCUUUCCCACUUUGCGAAGGUCCGGCCUUAUAGGACCUUUCGUUUGAAUGAGUGUGUGUGCAAUCCAUACAACGCCGAUUUUGAUGGUGAUGAAAUGAACUUGCAUGUUCCCCAGACAGAGGAAGCGAGGGCAGAGGCUAUGGAGCUAAUGGGUGUCAAGAAUAACCUGGCCACUCCGAAGAAUGGAGAACCCAUCAUUUCGGCCAUCCAAGAUUUCAUCAGCGCUGCCUACCUUCUGAGCAGCAAGGAGAAUUUCUUUGAUCGAAAGUCUUUCACACAAAUAUGCCUGUACAUGCUUGAUUCCAAGACCCGAUUUGACCUUCCCCCGCCUGCCAUCAUCAAGCCUCAGAUGCUGUGGACUGGGAAGCAGGUUUUUAACAUCCUCAUGCGUCCCAACAAAGAUGAUCCUGUGAUGGUCAACCUGGACGCUGCUUGCCGAGAAUACAAGCCGCCAAAGGAUGGACGUCCUAAAGACUUGGACCCCAACGACGGAUGGCUUGUCAUUCGUAACUCGGAGGUAAUGUGUGGUGUCAUGGACAAGGCCACUAUUGGUUCCGGAAAGAAAGACAAUGUGUACUACAUCAUGCUGAGAGACUUUGGCCCUGCAGCAGCAGCGGAAGGCAUGAACCGUCUUGCAAGAUUGUCUGCCCGCUGGUUUACCAACAUGGGUUUCUCCAUUGGUAUUACUGAUGUCUAUCCCAGUGAGAAUCUCUUGAAGUCAAAGGACCACCUAGUUGAAACUGCUUACGCGCAGUGUGAUGAAGUCAUUGCCAAAUACAAAGCUGGAACGUUGGAGAAGUAUCCUGGUUGCGAUGAGCUGCAGACAAUGGAGAAUCAAAUCUCCGGUAUUCUCAGCAAGGUCCGCCAGCAAGCAGGAGAUGAGUGUAUCGCCCAGCUCAGCAAACACAACUCACCCCUAAUUAUGGCUACUUCUGGUUCGAAAGGCUCUAGCAUCAACGUGUCUCAGAUGGUUGCCCUGGUGGGUCAGCAGAUUAUUGGCGGCCAACGAGUUCAGGAUGGUUUCCAGGACAGAACUCUACCCCAUUUCCCAAAGAACGCUCGGCAACCUCCGUCGAAGGGUUUCGUCCGCAAUAGUUUCUUCUCGGGUCUACUUCCGUAUGAAUUUAUUUUCCACGCCAUGUCAGGUCGUGAGGGUCUGGUCGACACGGCUGUCAAAACUGCCGAGACUGGCUACAUGUCCCGUCGCCUGAUGAAAUCACUCGAAGAUCUCUCCAGUAAUUACGAUGAUACGGUACGGAAUUCUUCCGCUGCAAUUGUCCAGUUUCAAUAUGGUGACGACAAGCUGGAUCCGGUGGAUAUGGAAGGUAAAGCCAAACCGGUUCACUUCGACCGAACUUUUAUCCAUGCGGAAUCCACAACCUAUAGCAACAAGGAUCGGAGCUUACUGCCUGCUGAAAUCAUGGAAGUCUGUGAAGAAAUGCUUUCUAAAGAACGUGCAAAACUUAAACGGACAGACCUACUUGGCAAUGAACUCGGCUAUAUGGAUCGAAGUGAUCGCGGUGUCGACCAGUUUGAGAGCGCUCGUGACUUUCUCGAUUCGAUUGAGAGCUACGUUCAAUCCAAAGCGGACAAGUUGGUCUCUCGCGGAGGUGACUCCGGUGGAGCUGAUGAGCGGAGUCUGAAGGGUCUGAAUCACACAGGCAAGCUCUCUGAGAGGACUCUUAGAGCCUUCAUCACAUCUUGCUUGACGAAGUAUAAGAGAGCCCAAGUUGAACCGGGUCAUGCAGUCGGUGCAGUCGGUGCGCAGUCUAUCGGUGAACCUGGAACCCAAAUGACACUGAAGACUUUCCACUUUGCGGGUGUCGCUGGUAUGAGUAUCACCCAGGGUGUUCCUCGUAUUAAGGAAAUCAUCAACGCUUCCAAGGAGAUUAGUACUCCGGUCAUCUCCUGUGAGCUUGUCAACAAAACCAAUAUCAUUGCAGCUAGAAUUGUCAAAGGUAGAAUUGAAAAAACAUAUCUUCGGGAUAUUAUACACUACAUUCGGGAAAUGUGGACGGGCAGUGAGGCCUACAUCAGCGUUAAGAUCAACUGGCAGACAAUCAGUGACCUGCAGUUGGAGCUGAAAAUCGGGGAUAUCCUUCACGCGAUCAAGUCCCACAGGCGCUUCAAGGCCGACGAUCUGAAGUUCAGAUGCUCUGGAUCCCACAUUCACAUCGAAAUGGACCUGGACCCUUCCAGCAAGCUAUCUCUCUCAAAGACAGAGAUAGCUGCAACAAGUUCAGACCCUUUCCUCCGUCUGAAGCAUCUCAAACGCAUCCUCCCUGACAUUCAGGUUCUCGGACAUCCGCAAGCGUCCCGCGCCAUUAUCCGGACUGACGAGACGUCCACCACCAACACUCUCCUUGUGGAAGGCUACGGGUUGAAAGACUGCAUGACCACCCUAGGUGUUGACGGCCGUAAAACCUUUACAAACAACGUGAUGGAGAUGCGGGAGGUCCUAGGCAUUGAAGCCGCCCGAUUCACCAUCGUCCAGGAAAUCAGUGAAGUCAUGAAGGACAUGGGCAUCGAUCCCCGCCACAUGCAGCUCCUUGCAGAUGUCAUGACCUACAAGGGCGAAGUACUGGGUAUCACACGUUUCGGCCUGGCGAAGAUGCGUGACUCCGUCCUGCAGCUCGCCUCCUUUGAGAAGACGGCCGACCACCUCUUCGACGCAGGUGGAGCGGGUCGUACAGACCUGGUCGAGGGUGUCUCUGAGUGUAUCAUCAUGGGAAAGACCGUCUCUCUCGGCACGGGCGCUAUGGAAGUCGUCCGCAAGUUGAAUUUCUAUGAAGGCCAGAUCGGCCCUCAGAAGACUGUCUUCGAGGACGCUUGGACAGAACUCUAUGAACGGCCUCGGAUGAAGAAGAAGAAGACUACGGCGACCAAGUUUUAA